AUGGACGCGCGUGUGGAUUUUGACAUCAAUGAGGCCAUCAGGCUGUUCGAUAGCGAUCCUGCAUCCAUUCCGACUCCAGAAGCCCCACAAGCGCUCCAGGACUGUGAAGAUGACCCAGAAUCGCUGUCAUCGCCCGGCCUGGUUAACAGCGAACUCAAUCCUGUCGUCGACGCUGUAGCAGAGAGCCCAGAUGCCAUCACUCGCAGCUCGGUGUUUGAUACACUGCAAUUUCUUUUGAAAUUUUCCUCACAAAUUCCACCAGCCAUUCUUAGCAAGAUUCUGGACCUGCUCGUCUCCGCCCUCUCAACCCAGGCCGACGUAAUACAUGCAGAUCUCGAAGCAGAAGAACAAGAUGCGAUCCCAUACCACAAGAACAUCCUUGAGAUGUAUGCCUUUCUCCUCCGGUGGACCAUCUCGGCUGUGGAAACGAGGGCCCUCGAGAAAUCCGCAUCAGCACCAGCACGAGGGCGGGGUAAAGUGACAAAAGCGAAAGCGGGAGUCGCCAAAGAUGGAUCUUGGGACCCCUCUUCACAGUUGGAGACAGCUCUGGACCGAAUGGCCAAGGUACUAAAACUCAAGCUGGGCCGCAUCUUCGUCACUACAUCAGAGCUCGACACGUUCAUUGGAUUGAUGACGAAGCCAGUGUAUCAUAUUCUGGAAAACGAAACCAGAGUCAAGAACAAGGCCAUUAGGGACCAUUGCUUUAGGGUCGUGUGCUUUGCUGUAAAGCGUCAUGGACAUGCAUACACCGCGCAAACAUCCAUUAACCAAAGUCUCACAUAUUUCGAGCAUCUCUCGGAACCCAUGGCGGAACUCCUCUUCACUCUCGCAGAUGCUUUCGAUUACCCCCAGUUGACCGAGGAUGUUCUAAAAGAUAUAGGCGGAAAAGAGUUUAGCGCCACCGAUACAAAAGGACCAAAGUCGAUAUCUACGUUCCUAACUAGGAUAGCUGAACUUACGCCUCAUCUUGUCAUCAAGCAGAUGACCAGUCUUGCCAAUUUAUUGGAUAGCGAAUCUUACACUCUCCGUUGCGCGAUCAUUGAAGUUUUGGGUCAUCUGAUUGCUAUGCUUAGCAAACUGGGCCAAGACGACCGCAGCGAGACCCACAAAGAGCAGAUUGAGAUUUACUUUGAUGUGUUAGAGUCUCGGUUCCUGGACAUAAAUCCAUACUGUCGAUGCCGAGUUAUGCAAGUGUACGUCAAACUAUGCGAUCUCGAGCAAAAGUAUCCUGCACGUCGACGUAGAGUCACCGAUCUUGCCGCGCGAAGUCUGGAGGAUAAGAGCAGCAAUGUACGACGUAAUGCUAUCAAAUUGCUUGCAAAGCUUGUCUCUACUCAUCCAUUCAGCGCUUCUUUUGGUGGCCUGCUCUCGACCAAAGAUUGGACUCAACGAUUAGAGGAAGUCGAUGCUCAGAUCAACACCCUACAGCCACCAGAAGAAUUGCGUGAACGUGCGCCGGAAGAUCAGACCGUGGAUGAAACUUUAUUGCAGGACGCCACACAAGCAGACAAUGCUGACACAGACGUGCCAAAACACCCAUCAGAAAUGACAGAAGAGGAAAAGGCCGCGCUCUUUGAAAAGGCUGAAAAGGAUGCUGCGGCUGCCCAGGAGCUUGGGAUCCUGCAUAAAGCACGCAAACUCAUAUUGAGAGCCCUGAGCUUCAUUGAAGUCAUUAAUGAGUCGGCUGAGGUUAUCACUCAUCUCUUGUCAUCGAAGAACAAGAGUGAGGUCAUUGAGGCAAUGGACUUUUUCGUGACAAUCGAUGCAUACAAGAUCGCAAACUCGAAGCUCGGAAUCCGGAGGAUGCUGCGAUUGAUCUGGACCAAAGGCAACAGCGAUGAAGGAAAAGGUGUACAGACACAUCUCAUCGAAUGCUACAAAGGCUUGUUCUUCGAUCCUCCACCUGGUUUUGACGCAAAUGGGGCCGCCAAUUAUGUCUCGAAGAACAUGAUUAGUCUGACGUUCGGGACAACGCCUGCGGAGCUCACAUCACUUGAGCAGCUGCUCAGUUCCAUGGUGAAGCAAGGCCUGGUUAACGAACUGGUCGUGCAGAAGCUUUGGCAGAUAUAUGGGUAUCAGAAAAAGGACAUCUCCAAGAAUCAUCGCCGUGGGGCGAUCAUUGUCUUGGGUAUGCUCGCCCUUUCAUCACCAGAAAUCGUGGUGCAGGAAAUGGAGACUUGCCUGCGCAUUGGUCUGGGAGAGCUCGGUCGCAGAGACCUGGGAUUGGCUCGCUACACGUGUAUUGCAUUACGACGAAUAAGUCCUCCCCCAGGCAAGCAAGCUUCCCCAACUGCCCCGGCCAAUGUAGUCAAACUGCCCAACGAUCAUGCUGUACUCGUCAGGCUGGCUGCCAUGGCCGAGCUCGAAUCCGACAGUAAAGAAUGGUUUGGGGUUGCAGAGCAAGCUAUCAGCGCCAUCUAUGUUCUCUCAAAACAUCCAGAUGUGCUUUGUUCGCAGAUCAUCCGAAGGGUGACCAAACGAGUCUUCGCAGCACAGGCUACAUCGAGACCCACAUCAAGUUCCCACGCCGACGAUGACGAAAAAUCAAAGCUCGCAGAUGCAGCCACGCCAGAAGCUCCUACAGUGAAUGAGACUCCCAAGAAGAAGCAGAAUUCUGCUCUAGCUCUCUCGCAACUAUUAUUCGUUGUCGGACAUGUCGCUAUUAAGCAGAUUGUGCACCUUGAGCUGUGCGAGCUAGAGUUUAAACGACGGAAAGCUGAGAAGGACAAGACCAAAACCGCUCCAACACCCCGAAGGUCAAUGGCUUCGACGGUAGAAGCGACGCCACUGAAGAAGGGCCGCAAGCGGGGCGCAACCAAGGAGCUGACGCCAGCAGCUGAAGAAGUGGAUGAGCUCGACCUCAUGGCCGGUACUACUGAAGAUGACUUCACUGAAGCCAUUGCCCACAUCCGCGAGCGCGAGCUUCUAUACGGACCCCAGUCGCUCCUCGCCAGCUUUGGUGCCAUGGUAGCUGACAUUUGUGCCAACAACACCUCAUACAACCAUCCAACCUUGCAAGCACAGGCGGCGCUAUGCUUGGCAAAACUCAUGUGUGUGAGCUCAGAGUACUGUGAGAACAACCUUGGUCUUCUGCUCACCAUCCUCGAGCGCAGUCAAGACGCCGUCGUUCGUAGCAAUCUCGUCGUGGCGCUUGGUGACAUGGCAGUGUGCUUCAAUCAUCUCAUUGACGAGAACACGGACUUCCUCUACCGCCGUCUGAACGAUGGCGAUCCAAGCGUCAAGCGAACAUGUCUCAUGACACUGACGUUUUUGAUCUUGGCCGGGCAAGUCAAGGUCAAGGGCCAGCUGGGCGAAAUGGCCAAAUGUCUCGAGGACAGCGACAAGAAGAUUGCCGACAUGGCGCGCAUGUUCUUCACCGAAUUGGCUACCAAGGAUAACGCAGUCUACAACCAGUUCAUCGACAUGUUCAGUCUACUCAGUGCGGAUACGGCGCUGAGUGAGGAUUCGUUCAAGAAGAUUAUCAAGUUUUUGGCUGGAUUCAUCGAAAAGGACAAACACGCCAGACAGCUGUCGAACAAACUCGCCACGAGGCUGCCCAAGGCAGAAAACGAGCGACAAUGGAACGAUGUGGCUUUUACUCUUGGUCUUUUGCAGCACAAGGAUGAAGAUAUUCAGAAGAUGAUUAGUGAUGGAUUUCGCGUCGUUCAGACGACUGCUUAG